AUGGGAUUUGGAGGCAAUUCCUCAGGGAGAGAGCCUGGCAGCCCGGUUGAGAGUCUAGAGGACAAGAGGAAGGAGGCUUUCUUCAAGGUGACCAACACGAUCCAUGUGGCAACAGGUGUAGAACACUACACCUCGGUCUACAACCUUGUGGACAUGAAGGAGUUUGGCAACAUUUUCAAGGUCAACACUGUGGGCCAAGCACUCACCGCAGACGAGGCCUUUCAACAGAUCUGGGUGGCAGAGAUCUUCAACAGAUACAGCUGGGAGAAAGGAUUUGGAUGGACAUACAACGUCGUGGUCAACAUCGAUGAAGCCAUCAGCGAGGAGAGCCCAACACACUGGGCACACUAUGCUAUGCGCCAAAUCAUGGAGUAUGGUGGAACACAGCUCAUGGUUCAGGUCAACCAGACAUUGGCCUACAAGCUUCUCCACUACGUUGAGAAGUUCAACAUCAGCGUCGAGCCCAACACGAACUUGACCACAGAUUGCAUCAGAGGAUCAACAACAUUCUCUGGUCGAUUCGUUGAUCGAAUGAUUCAACAGGUCAUCACUGAGACCAACGAGUUGAAUCAACAGGAAGCCAUGGAAGUUGAAGCUCCAACAAAUGUGGAGCUUGGCAACACGUUGGUGCAGGCUGCGAAGGCGGCCCAGUUGCAGCGACAACAGGAGAUACGCGUGGGCGAGGAAUGGAGCGAACAUUUGAAAUUGCCCGCGAACCGAACACCUGAAGCGAUGAUGAACUUCUGGGAGGAGGUCAAGAUUCGCCUCCUCAAGCGCUUCGGCAGCUUGCACAUGGCAGUUGGAGGUGAACAUUCCGUUUCCUUCAUCCAGUUCUGCGAAAUUCUCAGGGUGAUCCACUUUCCGCUUCACCAGAGUACUUGCAGACACAUCUUCGGGCAGGUCUGUGGAGGCCAUCGAGAAAUGCCCGUGGACGCCUUCAAAGCUCUGCUGAUGGAGAGGACGAUCCAUUCGAUGCGCUUUGUCCUGGAAGGAUGGAAUGGAAAGCAGGCCCGAGUCCGUUCUCACAUCCGCACUUUCAUCAGGCGACUGGCUGAAGUGGAUGAAAGACAAGAAGAACAAGCUGUGGACCGUUUCCAAAGAAAACUCACUGCCAGCUUCAUUCGCAACUUUUGGCAACUCCUGCUGCGGAAAAGCAGUUCUAGAGAAGACGUGGUGAUCACGCAGACGUCUCUGGUGCAAGCACUGCUGGAUCCAGAGGCCAACUGCAUUUUCCAGGACCACGAGAUGAUUUACAUGUUGCGGAUUUUUGAGCACAUGAUGAAAUUCCGCAACAGCUUGUGUCAGACCCGUGGGGAAAACGGGCAGAGCGGGCAGAACGGGCAGAGCGGUGUGCCUGUGCCCGGUCUCCCCAUGAGUGGCUACAUCACGGGUCUGACGUUGGUCAGCAUGAUCCCGACCAAGAGCGAAAAGUUGGAGCUGAUCUUCGAGGCUUUUGACCUGGAUGCGGAUCAUUGCCUUCUCUACAAACAGAUUUUCGAGCUUUGCCAUUGCGUUUCAGUGCUGAAGGUCAUGGUGGAGGAGAGCGCCCGCGGAUCCCCGGAUGAGCACUUCCAGGCGGAGCUGUCGCAGCAGGAGGGACAGCGAAGCUACGAGUGCAUCCGGUGGCACUUGCAGCGCCGUGGGGUCCCAGGCCCAACUCAACCGGCCUACGCCCGCGAGGUGACAUUGCCAGAAGCUGAGUGUCCGGGUGGUGUGGUAGUUGUUGCGUCAAAAAUGUGUCUUGCUGUGAGCUUUCCAGAGCUCCGUGCGGCCUGGGAGACGCAGCCGAGUUUACAAUCGCUGCUUCCAGGUUGGGUGCAGAUCCGUUGGGCAGCACAGGCACUGCCGGGGGAAGACUUUUCCGCUGUCUUUGCUUCCACUUUUGAGGGCAAGAGUCGUCAGAGCCAUACGAAGAGCAGAAGUCGCCGCUCUAUGCAAACAGCACCUACAACUGGCCCCAGUCGAGAAGAUGAGUGGUGCGUGUUCCUCUUCUGUCUGCCCUCAGGUCCUCAGGGCAACGCGGCCAUCUUCAAGUCCGUCCUGACGGCCAAGUGCGCCGCAACAUGCCGUCAUUCCGACAGAAGGAAUUAUUCCAAAAUGCAAUAUGAUGCAAUUUCUGAAACCCAAAAUGUGAUUUGA